AAGCAACGAGAGUUCAUUGAAGCCUGCCUAUAUAUAUUGAUACUGGUCAUUAUACCAACACGUAUAACAAAAAUUUCAUCGUCUCUUGCUCUCUUUGUGUUUGUGAAAUCGAACAAUGGGAGGCUUGAAGAGAAAGAUACCGACUGAUAAGAAAAUAGAGAAGAAAGAAUCAAAAUCGGUUGCUUUCUCCAAGCGCCGUAAAGGUCUUUUCAGCAAAACCGCCCAGCUUUGUGUUCUGUCCGGUGCUCAAGUUGCUAUCUUAGCGACUCCACCUUGCUCCAAAUCCAACGUCUCCUUCUACUCUUUUGGUCACUCCUCGGUCGAUAGCGUCGUCUCUGCUUUCCUCAAGAAUGAGUAUCCUCGGGAAGAUCAUCUAGGGUCAGAGUUUUGGUGGGAAGACAAGCGUCUUUCCGAGUCAGAGGAUCCCAAGGAGUUGAGUGAGGCGGUGGACUCUAUUUCGAGGAUGAUGCAGAAUCUAAAAGGGUUACGUUCAAAGGCCUUGGCAACUCGUGAGGACGCAAAGAAGAAGAGGAAGGAAGUUUUUUUUGAUCAAAGCCAAACCCUAAAUCUUCAGUCCGCUGGUGCAAGUAGUAGCUGCAUUCAUGAGGAUCCACCUCAAAACAUUAAAGAGGAGGAUCAGAUCGUAGAGGACAACAAGGAUGUUGUUAUAAACGCAACUCAUCAGGAGCUUGAUGGAAACCAAACCCUAGGUUUACAGUCUUCUUUGGCAAGUCUUUGCAUUCAAGAUGUUUCACGUGAGAAUGUGGAGGGGUUUGUCAACAACAGUGAACACAAGAAUGAGAUUGUAACGAGUUCUGACAGCAACAACAACAACAACGGUUUACUUGGAAGCGUGGAUGGGUUUGAUCAAGCGCUUAAUCUUGAUGAUGACUUCUUUGACUUUGAGAUGAACUCUGAAGGUUUUAUAACUACAAAUUUGGAGAUGAAUGUCGACUCAACGAAGGGAUAUUCAUGCGCUGGUUCUGGUUCUGAAGAUGGAGCAAUGGUGGUGAUUCCAAGUAAUUCUAUUGAGGAUAAUCAGAUGGUAGCGGUUUCUGACAGCACCAAUGCUUUACCAGGAAACUUAUAUGGGUGCUAUCAAGAGUUUGAUAUUGACCAAAUCUUUGAUUUCGUGGAGAGUACUGAAGAUCUAUCCAUGAACUCUGAGAUGGAUGUUGCCUCCAUGAUCGCCUCUCUUAUAGAAAAUUAAACAUUCUCCUAUGUACCAUAAUUUGUCACAUUUGAUAUUCUUACUUUAACAUUUUUAAGUAUGCAUAUGUUUUUAAUUUGAUAUAAGUGAAACAAAUAGUAUAACUAGGACAUAAUUAACCUUACACUAAACAAGUUUCUUGAAUUUUUAUUUUUAUUUUUACUGUCAUUUAUUUUUUUGGUAGACACUCGUCAAAUUAUCAUCAGUUCUACCAUAUUAAUUCUACUAUAUUUAUCGUAUUCAAUCUUUAUUAUUUCUUAAUAGAAUAUAUUUUCUUAUGUUUGUUUCAAAUUUAUGUUAUGCUAUGUGUAGUAUUUUUUUUUAAAUUAAUUUUAGUAGGUUAAACUUAUCUUUUUUUUUCAAUAUAUUAUAGAAAAAAUUGAGUCACUUUUAUUUGAAAGAAAAUUGAGUCACUUUUUUGAGCAACUAAAUUGAGUCACUUUAUCUAUUGAAAGUCAGUUAUAAAAUUUAAUUUUUAAAACUUGCACUAAUUUUGUAAGAUCGAGUGCAAAUGCCGUCGUGGACGUAAUUGUUAACGUCAAAGCUUCUGAUUAUUGUAGAGUUAAAAUUUUUGCUAUGGGUGGCUCUGGAUUUUUUGUCAACGAAGACACUAUAGUCACAUGUGCUCAUGUCGUGGUUAAAACGGAUUGACUCUCAAUCCCAGAAUACUUUCAUUCUAGAAAAGAGCCACGAACAGAUUUUGUUAAACUGUUCAAUGUUCAUAUUGUUACUAAUUAAUUAUUUUUUAUUUGUCAGGUGCUUAUUGUUCUUCAUGACUCUGUAAAUUUGUCAGUGUUGAAAGAUGACGUGGUGAAUGAUUUGGCGUUAAUCAAAGUCAACACGGCACAUCUUGACAAGAGGUCCUCUACUUGAGCCAAAUUGGGCAUAUCAAGUCAUGUUUGACAGGGUGAUUUUGUCUCUGCUAUGGGCUCGUCUUCUGGUUAUAAAAACUCAAUAAUUAAGAGUAAUUAGGUAAAUCAUUUAUUUAUUAGUUUUAACAAUAUUUGUUUAAAAUUAAUUUUUAAUAUUUUUUAAUAUUUUUUUGCCAGUCACACAUGUUGCGGGGACUAUGGUGAUAAAGGUGUUCAAAAAAAAAACAUCUAUCGUAUUCAAUCUUUAUUACUUCUUAAUAGAAUAUAUUUUUUUAUAUUUGUUUCAAAUUUAUGUUAUGCUAUGUGUAGUAUUUUUUUUAAAAUUAAUUUUAGUAGGUUAAACUUAUAUUUGUUUUCAACAUAUUAUAGAAAAAACUGAGUCACUUUUUUUUUUUGAAAGAAAUUGAGUCACUUUUUUGAGCAACUAAAUUAAGUCACUUUACCUAUUGAAAAAUCAGUUAUAAAAUAUAAUAUUAAACUUUAUAUUUUUUGUAAGCUUAGUUAUUUAUCUUUUUCUAUAACGAUAUAUUGUUUCUUGUUUUAAAUAUUCUUAAUUAAAUAAUUAUGCUAACUGAGUUUUUUUUUUAUUUAUUUUUUUUUUUACUUAUGGUAUCCGAAAGCGUUGGCACAACUCCGUCCAAAUGAUGUCCAUGAUGAUGAAUACGA